AUGAAAAAAGUCCAUCCGACGGUAAAUAUCGCACCGAAAAGGCUUGAGUCAAUAGAUGAAAGCGAAGAAAAUUCCAACAAGAAUGUACAAGUGGCCACCACAAGUUCUACAAUAUCAGUGGUGACUACAACCACUUCUUCUGGGACCAGACCAACUGUAACAACAGCUAACAUUAUAUCAGCUACAAAGGGUAAGGUGGCCGGAACUACAGUAAAAGAUUACAUCGUAGUCAAAAAACCUCUUCCACUAAUUAGGACGCAACAGCUGGACGAGCAGCUAAUAAAAAUGAUAGCCAAAGGCUAUCAUGCCUUCAGACUUGUGGAAGAGAAGGAAUUCCAAAAAUUCGUGGACAUGCUUAAUCCUUCAUAUAAAUUGCCCACUCGUAAAACUCUUUCUGAAAGCCUUCUUUCCAAGUUAUAUAACAGGACGAUAGAAAGUAUGAAAAAAGAAGUUGGUGGUGGGUCAGCCACUGCCGUUUGCAUUACUACUGAUGGAUGGCGCUCAGUAACGAAUCACACGGCCCAUUUUAUCGAUCCCGAAAUCCACAUUUUACGUACUGUCAUGAUUGGUUGUUUACAAUUUAACGAGAGUCACACAAUGAUAAACAUAUCAGAAUUUCUAAAAGAGAAAUUUCGUGAAUGGUGCAUUGACCAGAAAAUUUGCGCGAUUGUCAGCGACAACGCGUCUAAUAUUCUGGGUGCCGUUCGAAUCGGCGGGUGGCGUUCUAUAAGCUGUUUCGCACAUACUAUCAACCUAGUUGUCAAGGACAGCCUAGAAAUUAUCGCUGAUACCGUGAUCAAAGUGAAAAAUGUGGUGGAGUUCUUCAAUAGAAGCAUGCCUGCGCGGAGAAAACUUAAAGAGAUACAGGAGCAAAUGCAUUUGGCACCACUGAAAUUGAAACAAGACGUGUGCACUAGAUGGAACUCUACGUACGAUAUGCUCAACCUGUUCCUGAAGAUAAAAGAAGCUCUUAUUGCUUCAAUAGCAAUCAUGAGAGCCGAAUUGACCCUGACGCCCAACGACUGGAUGAUUAUUGAAAAAUCCCUACCGAUCUUCCAUCUUCUACGAGGUGACUAA